AUGCCAGACCUCCGAGCUAACAUCAUGAACCAUCUGAUAGCUACGCCCCCUCGUGGCUCGUCUGAUUCGGGCGAGAACCAGCGGUUUUUGCCCGAGGAACCGGAGGCCAAAAAGGACCCCAAGGCCCAUCAAACUCGCAGCAUCAUCUCGCGGUGCUGGCGGAUAGCCACCACCAUCAACCUCAUAUUCUUCUUCAUCUCAGUGUGGAUCUUAUUCAAAUCCCACCGAUUGUUGCAGGACAUCCGCGAGAACAAGGACAAUGGAUUGAUAAAAGAAUUGGAUUUCUUCUCUCCCUAUCUGGAUCAACUGCACAUCCCCCUCCGCGAUGUCAAAAUCAAUGGGAGCCUCCUAGACAUGGACUCGUCGAUCUUCCGCGCCCCGCCGUCGCCCGAAGUGGAUAAGGCCUGGGCGCGCAUUGGCAGUCUGGUGCCGCACGUCAUGAGGGGCGCCGACGUGGUGAAGCUGGGCAAGGACCCGUCCAAGACCGCCCGGUUCACCGAGGACUUUGGUUUUGGUUCAGACGCCCACAUCGCCGAGCUCGACAUCCUGCACACCAUCCACUGCCUGAAUGCCAUCCGCCGCGAUGUCCACUGGCGAUACUACUACCUCGACAAGUAUCCGACGGGGGAGUUCCCGGAGCUGCAUCGCAUCCACACCGAUCACUGCGUCUACGUGGUGCUGCAAAACCUGAUGUGCGCCGCGACGCUGGACAUCGUCACGCAGCCCUGGGUGCGCGGUCAGCUUCACCCCUUCCCGGACUUUAGUAUCAACAAGAAGUGCAGGGACUUUGGCGCCAUCCUGGAGUGGCACGAGGAGACCAUGAUCACCGAUAUAGAGGGGUACAAGGCGCUGCGGAUGCCGGAGGGCCAUAUCCCAUACGAGAUGUCUGACGAGUUUUACCGCGCGUUUGGAGUCGGCGAGGAGGACCAUCACCAUUAA